GAAGCCAGCAAAAUCGGAUAGUUUGUAGACUGCAGCCAGCAUCGGGAUUAAACAAAAUACCUUCUGUUUGUUUGCCGUUCGCUGAGAGUUGGCCCCAGCAAAGCAAGAACCUACUUAGUCUAAGAUGUAGAUGCCUUCAACUUUUGCCCCAAGAAGUGACCGAAAUCUUACAAAGACAAAUCUGACGAUUUUUAAAAACGAAACGUUUUAUAAGCGUACGCAGCAGUAGUAGCUCGCCUGGAUAUUUACUGGGCUGUAUUUUUUUCUUUGGGAUUUAAAUCGGAGGACGCGAAGGACGGAUUUUUUUUAAAAAGAAAUCGUUAUAUCUGCUUCGAGAGAGUGAAAUAAACUUUUAACUGCAAAUCUGGCUCGCAUCCACUGGUGGAAAAUUAAACUAAAGCAGUCCAGGAUCUUUAUGUUGUUGGUGAAAUAUAUUCAGGAAACGCUGAAGAAGUCCAAGAGUGUGAGAAAAGAUAGCGGCAGGCUGCCAGCUUGCUAUGAGAUUGUAACUAUUUCUCUGAGCAAGAAGAUGGCUGCGGAACUGUACCCGUCGAAACACGGUAACAGCCAGCAGAACAGCGAGCACAGCGGCAACAGCGCGGUGAACGCUUCCAAGAGGAGCCUACUGCUUCGACAGGGUCAACAGAAGCCACUGAACAACAAUCACAUCCACAACACCAACUGGCAGUCCUUUUACCCUACCCUGCGGGAAAGGAAUGCCAUGAUGUACAACAACGAACUGAUGGCUGACGUGCAUUUCAUCGUGGGGCCGCCGGGAGCAUCACAGAGAGUGCCAGCUCACAAGUACAUCUUGGCGGUCGGCAGUUCGGUCUUCUACGCUAUGUUUUAUGGAGAACUAGCUGAGAAUCAAUCCGACAUUCAAAUUCCGGACGUGGAGCCCGCGGCUUUCCUUAUUCUGCUAAAGUAUUUGUAUAGUGAUGAGAUUGACUUGGAGGCAGAUACGGUGCUGGCUACCCUGUACGCUGCCAAGAAGUACAUCGUCCCUUACCUAGCAAAGGCCUGCGUCAACUUCCUGGAGACUAGCCUGGAGGCCAAGAACGCCUGUGUCCUGUUGUCGCAGAGCAGGCUGUUUGAGGAACCCGAGUUGACCCAGCGGUGCUGGGAGGUGAUAGACGCCCAGGCGGAGCUGGCCCUGAGGUCAGAGGGCUUCUGCGAGAUUGACCUGCAAACGCUAGAGAUCAUCCUGUCCCGAGAGACACUGAAUGCCAAGGAGGUGGUGGUGUUUGAGGCCAUCGUCAAUUGGGCCGAGGCGGAGUGCAAGAGGCAGGGCUUGCCGCCAAGCGCCCGGAACAAGAGGAGUGUGCUGGGAAAAGCCCUAUACAUCGUACGCAUCCCCACAAUGUCGCUGGAGGAGUUCGCCAAUGGGGCCGCGCAGUGCGAUCUGCUCACCCUGGAGCAGACGCACGACAUCUUCCUGUGGUACACGGCCGUCAACAAGCCCCAGCUGGAGUUCUCCACCGCACAGAGGAAGGGGCUGGCCCCCCAGCGCUGUCACCGGUUCCAGUCCUCCGCCUACCGCAGCAACCAGUGGCGGUACCGGGGCCGCUGCGACAGCAUUCAGUUUGCAGUGGACAAGCGUGUCUUCAUCGCUGGCCUGGGCCUAUACGGCUCGAGCUGUGGCAAGGCAGAGUAUAGCGUCAAGAUCGAGCUGAAGCGACAGGGGGUGGUCCUGGCUCAGAACUUCACCAAAUUUAUUUCAGACGGUUCCAGCAUCACGUUUUCAGUGUGGUUCGAGCACCCUGUGCAGGUGGAGCAGGACACCUUCUAUACUGCCAGUGCCAUCCUGGAUGGCAAUGAGCUGAGCUACUUCGGGCAGGAGGGGAUGACGGAGGUGCAGUGCGGCAAAGUGACGUUUCAGUUCCAGUGUUCGUCUGACAGCACGAACGGCACAGGCGUACAAGGCGGCCAAAUCCCCGAACUCAUUUUCUAUGCCUGAGUCAGGGCGUCUUGCCGUGGAAAUCACAAAAUGAGAGGACAUUCUGCCUUCAACUGCUGCUAACCAAGGGAGUAUAGCAAGAAUUUGACCUCUUGCUGCUUCUACUGACAUUAUCAGACUGUAUCAGUGGUCCUCUGGGAUCAACUGUCAACUCAAACUAUCUUAAAUUGAAGGAAUGUUUGAUUGUAAAUUAAUUUUAUUUAUUUAUAAUGGCUAGAGUAUUAUUGGACACACUGAAGCUGCAAGGGCCAGUUGUUCAGUGUUGCACUCAUUUUUGUGCUGUCUUUUGUACAGAAGUGCUGUUUAAAAUGGUGAAUGACUGAUGAAUGACAUUUCAAUACCUGUGUACUUACAGCUGAUGAACUUGUACAGUAUAAAGAUUUUUACAUGAUUAUUCAUUAGCCUGAAGUUGUCCUUUAUUGCUGCUUAAGAUGGUAGGAGCAACUGGGUGCUAAAUAUGGCAAAUCAAUUGCUGCUUAUUCACCCAUAUUUUCUAAAGGGGCUUUUCUUCUUCUCCCUUGAAUAGACUCAUUGUAAUAAGACAGAGGAACAGAAUUAGGCCACUCAGUCCAUCAAAUCUGUUCCACCAUUCCAUCAUGGUGGAUUUAUUUAACCUCUCAACCCUAUUCUUCUACCUUCUGUCUACCCUUUGAUGUCCUUACUAAUCAAAAACCUAUCAACCUCUGCUUUAAAUGUACCAAUCACUUGACCUCCACAGCCAUCUGUGGCAAUGAAUUUCACAGAUUCACCACCCUCUGGCUAAAAAAAAUUUCUGUUCUAAAGGGACAUCCAUGUAAUGUUACUACCUCUAUUAUCCAUUCACUUUCUUUUCUCUGGGAAAGGUUUUGAGGUUAAGGGUUCCUCCCUCAAUGGCCCUAGUUCAGUAUAACCUUAAAAUUUUAGACUAAAUUACUCACUGCCCACCUAGGUUAUUAAUAUACAUACAUUUUUCUAGUACUGUUUCUUGAGGAGCCCCACAUUCUACCUUGCUCAAUUUGAAUACUGCUACCCUCAUUCCUUAAUGUGCAUUCUCUUGUUUAACCCUGUGCAUGUCAGAGUAAUACAGCACAGUCUUAAAUUCUAUUUCUCUGUCUACCACCAAUUCUGUACCAUCCACCAACUGUAGUUUCCUAGGUAAUGCAUUUGAUAAGGUUCCCCAAGUUAGGCUCAUUCAGAAAGUCAGGAGCAAUAGGAUCCAGGGAAACUUGGUUUGUGAAUUCAGACUUGGCUUUCCCAUGGAAGAAUGGUGGUUAUAUUUCCCAUGGUGGUUAUAGAUGGAGUGUGUUUUGCUGCAAGGUGGGUGACUAACAGUGACCUGUUCUGGGACCCUUGCUCUUUGUGAUUUUUUUUUCAUGAAUGAUUUGGAUGAGGAAGUGGAAGGCUGGGUUAGUAGGUUUGCAGAUGACAAAGCAUGGUGGUGCUGUAAAUAGUGUAAAAGGUUGUUGUAGGUUACAGUGGGACUCCAACAGGAUGCAGAGCUGGGCUAAAAAGUGGCAGAUGGGGUUCAGGCUGGAAAAGUGAAGUGAUUCACUUAGGAAGGUUGAACUUGAAGGCAGAAUACAGGGUUAAGGGCAGGAUUCUCAACAGUGUGGAAGAACAGAGGGAUCUAGAAAUCCAUGCCCAUAGAUCCCUCAAAGAUGCUGCGCAAGUCAAUUGGGUUGUUGAGAAUGCAUAUAGUGUGCUGGCCUAUAUUAGUUGGGGGACUGAGUUCAAAGGCUGCGAGGUAAUGUUACAGCUUUAUAAAACCCUGGUUAGAUUACAUUUGGAAUAUUCCACUUGGAGCGAAAGAAAAUGAUAAGUGACUUGAUGGAAGUGUUGCAGAUAUGUGAGGGACAUUUAAGAGCUCUUCAAUACACUGAUGAAAGAAAAAUGGAGGACUAUGUGAGAGGGAAGGGUUAGCUCAGUGGUACUGAACCUAGGGUCCAAGGCAUAAAAAGUGGUUGGGAAUCCCUGAGUUAGAUUGAUCUUGGAGUAGGUUAAAGGGCUGGCACAACAUUAUUGCCCAGGGCUGUGCUGUACAGUUUUAUAUUACUAUAUAAUGCAGUUAAGGCUGGUCCACAUACUUGAAAGAAGAGUAGGCAACCUUUAUAACACUAAAUUGCUUCAUAAUCCCUUCUCUCACUUUCCCCAUGUUGAACUAAAGAUUCUCACAUCCUCAUUUUCUGGAGUGCUUCAUCAAAGCACAGUGUCAUCCCCUGUGUAUAACAGCAGCAGAUGUGUCAGCUCUGUUGGCCUGGACCAGCAAGUAUUCUGGAGUAACACCAAAAAAUUUGAUUAUCAGAUUUGCAAAGCCCAAAGGUCAACCUGGGGUCUAAUAAGCUUACAAAAUAUCCUGGAUAGUGACAGGGUGCACGUUAGUGCUGAGGAAACAAGUGUACAGGGGGGACCGGGACAAAGCAGUUCAUGUCCUUUGAGCCUUAGAUAUCCCAUUUGGAAAAAAAUACAGGGGAGAGGGCACAGAACAGUAGCAGGUAGUGUAACAUAAGCUGUAAGAUCGAGGUUCAAUUCCUGCCGCUGUCUGUGAGAAGCUUAUAUGCCUGACUUUGUGUGUUUCCUCCCACAUUCCUAAGAUGUUUUGUUAGGGUUAAUGAGUUGUGGGCAUGCUAUACUGGUGCUAGUUGCAUGGCAGGCUGUCCCCAGCACAUCUCUGAUCAUAUUAGUCGUUGAUGCAAAAACUGUAUGUUUCAAUGUACAUGUGACAAAUAAAGCUAAUCUUUAAAUAGGAUUAUGAGUGAA